CAUGGUACCCAUAUGACACAGUGACUGUUUCCUGAUAAGAAAGUACAUACCAUGCAUGUACUAUGUGGUCCAGGUUACCACAUUUAGGCUUAUAUUCUCAAGUUCCAUCAUUGGCCUGCAAAAUUCAUGUUGUCUUUGUUUUUAAUAGCUGAAUAGUACUCCAUUUGGUAUAUGUACCACAUUUUCUUUAUCCAUUCUUCAUUCAAGGUACAUGUAGGUCUUUUCCAGGUUCCAACAUUUAAGAAUAAAGCUACUAGGCAUAGAGGUCAGCAAGUCUUUGAUAAAAUUGAUGUAACUAAUGACUCAAGUGAAAGAUAUUAGAGAAAUCUGAGUUACAGGUCAUAUUCAUAAACACAAUCAAAAGAAUAUAAAGCAAGCCAAUAGUCAGCGUAAACUAAAUGGAGAGAAUCUUGCAGCAAUUCUACUAAGAUAAAGGGAAAACAAGGAUGCCCUCUCUCUGUGCCUAUCUCUUUAAUACAAUACUUAACAUUUUAGCCAGAGUAAUUAAAAAAAGUAAAAGCAAUAAAGUGUAUACAAAUUGGGAAAAAGAGGAAGUCAGAGUACAUCUGUAUGCAGAUGAUGUUACAGCAUACAGGAGUGACCUCAAAAAUUCUAUCAGAAUUUCUGGAGCUGAUACAUACUUUCAGUGAUGUGGCUGAAUACAAAAUUCACUCAAACAAAACAGUAGUGCUCCAUUAUACAAAUGAUAACUGGAACCAGGUUGUAAUAAGGGAAACAACACUCUUUACAAUAGCCACUAAUAGUAGAAAAUAUCUUGAUGUAACUAAUGACUCAAGUGAAAGAUGUGUAUACCAUGAACUUCAAAUCCCCGAAGACAGAAAUUUAAGAAUACUUAAAAAGAUGGAAAGAUCUUCCAUACUCAGAAUGAAUAUAAUUCAUACUAAAAAUGCCUAUCUCAUCAAAAGCUCAUUGUUUCUGCAGUCAAUAAUUAUUUAUACAACAUCUAUGAUAUGUGCUUAUUCUUGUUGAUCUUUCUACUUGUCUCUUUAUGCCUCUUAAUUGGCAUUUCUUUUCAAGGGUAUAUCUUAUUCAAAAGGUGAAGAAAUGAAAGAUGUUAGCCUUAUUCAGUUUCCUUCUCUAAUGAGUUAGUGAUUACAUUACAACUUCUGUGUCAGGAAGUACGUUGGAGAAACACUAGAAUAAUAUAUUACCAAUGAAAUAUGCAUGUUCAAUAUGUAAGCACCAUGCUUUCUUUUGUACACAUGAAUGUGAUAUCUGAGAAGGCAGUGACAUAUGAGGACAUUCAUGUGAACUUUACUCGGGAAGAAUGGGCUUUGCUGGAUCCUUCCCAGAAGAGUCUCUACAGAGAUGUGAUGCUGGAGACCUACAGGAACCUCACUGCUGUAGGCUAUUACUGGAAAGACCAGAGUAUUGAGGAAAAUUGUCAAAAUCCUGGAAGGCCAGCAAGGUGUAUUAUAAGGGACAGAUGUAUCUAUAUCUAUCUUUCUCAAGGCCUCUUCAAGGUGAUGAAAGGAUUCACACUGGAGAGAAGCCCUAUGAAGGUGUGCAGUAUAAAAAACGUGUUUGCAAGUCACAGUCAUCUUCAUACAUGUAAAAGAACACUUACUGGAGAUUUCGUAUACUAUAAUAGUGUCCAAAUAAACAGAAGAACACAAAGAGAAGAGAAACCUUAUGAUUUUAACCCAUGUGGGAAAACCUUUGCAUGUUGCAGCAAUGUGGGAUGCCAGAAAAGAACGCGUACUGGAGAGAAACCACACACAUGUAACUUACGUGGUAAAGCGUUUGCUGGUCAGAGUGAUCUUCAAAGUCAUAAAAGGAUGAAUACAGGAGAGAAGUCCUAUGAAUGUAACCAAUGUGGUAAGGCCUUUGCCCAUCACAGUGGUCUUCAAUUCCAUAAAAGUGCACAUACUGGAGUGAAACCAUUUGUUUGUAACUUGUGUGGUAAAGGCUUUGCAGGUAACAAUGAUCUUCAAAGACAUAAAAGAACUCAUACUGGAGAGAAGCCCUAUGAAUGUGACCAAUGUGGUAAUGCCUAUGCCCGUCACAGUACUCUUCAAAGGCAUAAAAGGACACAUACAGGAGAGAAGCCCUAUGAAUGUGACCAAUGUGGUAAUGCCUAUACCCGUCACAGUACGCUUCAAAGUCAUAAAAGGACACAUACAGGAGAGAAGCCCUAUGAAUGUAACCAAUGUGGUAAGGCCUUUGCCUAUUACAGUGUUCUUCAAAGCCAUAAAAGAAUACAUACUGGAGAGAAACCAUUUUCCUGUAACUUAUGUGGAAUUGGCUUUGCAAGUAACAAUAAUCUUCAAAGCCAUAAAAGAACUCAUACUGGAGAGAAACCCUAUGAAUGUGACCAAUGUGGUAAAGCCUUUGCCCGACACAGUGUUCUUCAAAAUCAUAAAAGGACACAUACAGGAGAGAAACCUUAUGAAUGUAACCAGUGUGGAAAGGCCUUUGCCCAUCACAGUACUUUUCAAAUCCAUAUAAGGACACACACUGGAGAGAAGCCCUAUGAAUGUAACCAAUGUGGUAAAACCUUUACACAAAAGACAAAUCUUCAAAGGCAUAGGAGAACACAUACUGGAGAGAAACCUUAUGAAAGUACCCAUUGUGGUGAAGCCUAUGCUGGUCACAGUGAUCUUCAAAUUCGUGAAAGUACACAUACUGCAGAGACGGCCAAUUAAUGUAACAGAGAUGAUAAAGAUCCUUUCCUGGGCAUCAUCAAAGUCAUAAAAAGAAUGCAGGCUAGAAAAACACACACACACACACACACACACACUUCCUAAAAUCCAAGCACAUUGAUUCCCCAUGAACAGUUGGUACUGUAAAUCUGUAUGUUUUUGUAAAAGUGAAAGGAGCCUUUCCAUUUCCCAAUUAAGCAAGAAAAUGAAGCAAUAUUGUAGAUAUACUUUAACUGGUGUGUUUUUUACUUUUUAUAUUGGAUAUUUUCCAUUUACAUUUCAAAUGUUAUUCCCUUUCCAGGUUUCCCAUCCAAAAGCCCCGUAUCCCAUGCCCAUUUCCUGUCCUUAUAUGAGGUUGUUCCCCAACCACCCACUAAAGCCAGGCUGGUCAACCCUCUGAACAUAUCAAUGUAUUAAAUAUCGAUAUGCCUU